AUGCGACUUCUGAAUGCGAACAAAUGCCGACUUGAGCUCUUCAACGGUGCCGAAACCGACAUCCCCCCAUAUGCCAUCUUAUCUCACACCUGGGGUGAUGAUGAGAUCUCCUUCCAGGACAUCACGCAGCUGUCGCUCGACGACUUGAGCUAUCGAGCCUCAUUCUACAAAGUCAAGGAAGGCUGCGACCAGGCCCGGCGCGAUGGUUUUGAUUACAUCUGGAUCGAUACUUGCUGCAUCGACAAGACCAGCAGUGCUGAGUUGUCCGAGGCCAUCAACUCUAUGUUCAAGUGGUACCAACAGUCCGCCCUAUGUUACGUCUACCUAAGCGACUUUGACUCUGGAUUUUCGUUUCUGCCCACCGCUCAGCAAAAGAACCGGGAGAUUGACCUACCUCCAGACGACACCGAAUUCUUUAGUAGUCGUUGGUUCACCCGAGGAUGGACCCUACAAGAGCUGAUCGCGCCACGGAGUGUCGACUUCUUUGAUCAGAACUGGAUCAGAUUCGGGACAAGAGAUGGCGAUCUACUCGAUCGCGUCUGCCAGCGAACUGGAGUCUGGCCUCAGCUGUUUUCCGAACCACGAUGUGCUUGUCCUGGAGGAGACCCGGCUCCGCCCGUCCGCGACGGCAAUUGCAUGGAGUGUCACAAACCCGACUGUCUACCCCAGAUUCUCGACACCUUUGCCGUCUCGGUCAAGAUGAGCUGGGCAGCCAGCCGUGUCACAACCCGUAAAGAAGACGCUGCAUACUGCCUACUGGGGUUGUUCAGCAUCAAUAUGCCCAUGCUCUACGGAGAAGGAGACAAGGCAUUUCUGCGACUUCAAGAAGCAAUUGUGAGACAAUCGAAGGAUCAGUCCAUUCUCUUAUGGAAAGCUGGACCAAGCCAAAUCCCCCAAGAGCGAGCCCCAGGUUGCUUAGCUCCCCUCUGCGAAACCUUCAAGGAUCCCGUGCGCAUUGUUGGACGUCGGGUCUUUAGCAACGUUGAUCGACGGUACGAAGCUGACUUUCUCGGAAACAUGGCCCCGAUGGAGAUCACAGACACGGUUCUCCGUACGAACCUCUGGAUAUGUCCUUGUACCGUCAGUGCCUACGAUCCUCAUGUUGAGAGCGAUGUCCACCGGAAGCUUUGGCUGGGCAUUCUUGAUCUCGCCUACGAUGACGAUUACCUCGCCCGGCCUGCCAUCUUACUUGAGCACAUGGGCGCUGUUGAUUUCUACCGAAGAGUCUACCACCAGCUGAUAAUUACUGUCAAUCCCCGAGAAAACGACACUUCUCUUCAACUUUACUUAGAUCGAGACGUCGAGGGUCGUUCAUCAACACACACCUUGACCGACAGGUCAACCAUUGUCAUAGCGCGAUCCCUUGACCAAGCUUUCAAGAAAGAUGUUGGUAUUCUCUUACAACAGAGCCCCAUCAACGCAGUGAGAACAAACCCUUCCCUUGAAGGGGGACCCGCAACCGGGCCAGUGUACUUUGUCGUCACAGCCCGUGAGAUGCAAUAUAGAAUGGACAGUGGCGGAAGUCAUCCUCCGUUCAGCCGAUACACAUCACGCGCGACUCAGAUCCCAUCCCCUUGGACCUUCAAGAAGUGUGAUCAUGCGGAUGUCGACCGGUACUUUGGCGGUAUUCACUUUGUCAACUUUACCAUCCAUACCCGACGAGUGCUACGCACCCACUCAUGGCCAGAUCCAGCCAUUCAGGUCGUCCAAAAGCGUGGAUACGUCGCCAUCAUCUGGGGUAUACAGAGGACGCUAAAACUUGCGGGAAAAGAGGAGCAUCCAUGGCAGCUCUGGUGCCGAGUCUUUAACAUGCACAAUUUCAUCGAAUGUGCACGAACUUCAGAUGACGACUUGCGACCAUCUCAGCUGUAUCUGGAACAGGAAGCUCUCAGCCCUGGCGAGAUUCAACGAAGGAUGGGGAAGCAGCGCAGACGGCUCUGUUACUCGGGCUACCAGGCGCACUGGAUCCGGCAGAAGACGGGACCCAAGUCCUUGUUUCCUACGUCUUGCGAAGAAGUAUGGUCAGAGGACUCUAUGCCCAACAUUCUGGAUGAUGACGAUAUCAGUAUACAAUUGUCGGCGAGGGUGGCCAUGACUGAGGCGCUGGGCCGGACAUUGUUUGAGCUCAAGGUCAACAUCGAGUAG